AUGGCAGACCUCAGAAGAGUUGAAUCCAUGCAGUACCCUGCGGGGCAUCUGGCGCAUCUGACCGAGAACCAGCAAGCCCAGCUUGAAGCAUUCGAGAAGCUUGCGCAGGAGCAGGGCUACUUUACUCCUGCGACAGCUGCAGCCGAAGCGAGCCAUGACGACGAGACGAUGCUUCGGUUCUUGCGCGCGCGCCGCUUCAUGCCACAGGAGGCUUUCAAGCAGUUCAAAGAUACCGAGGACUGGCGCAAGGACCAGAACAUUGUCGAUCUGUUCGAGACCAUCGAGGUCGAAGAGUACGAGCAGACUCGCCAGCUGUACCCCCAGUGGCUCGGCCGACGCGACAAGCGCGGCAUCCCGCUGUACUUGUUCGAAGUUGCCCCCUUGAACUCGAAGAACAUCUCUGCGUACGAGAAGGCCCUUGCCAAGGCAAAGACAACGUCGCCGAAAGUCGCAACCAAGAACCUCCGACUGUUCGCCCUGUACGAGUCGCUCACUCGCUUCGUCACACCUCUGUGCUCCAUGGUCACACGUCCCCACCCCGAGACGCCCAUCUCACAGAGCAACAACAUCGUAGACAUCAGCAACGUUGGGCUGAAGCAGUUCUGGAACCUGAAGAACCACAUGCAGGAUGCAUCCGUCCUGGCCACGGCGCAUUACCCUGAGACGCUCGACCGCAUCUUCGUUGUGGGUGCACCUGGCUUCUUCCCUACCGUUUGGGGCUGGGUCAAGCGCUGGUUUGACCCCAUCACUGUAUCUAAGAUCUUCAUCUUGUCGCCUGCCAAUGUCUACCAGACUCUUUCCGAGUACAUUGACCACGAGAACAUACCCAAGAAGUAUGGAGGUGGACUCGACUUUGGAUGGACAGAGAUGCCAAACCUGGAGCCCGAGAUUGAGGCUGCCAUCAAGUGGGAGAAGCCGAGCAUGCAAAACGGGAAGAAGACACUGCCUAUUGGACCUGUGAAAUGGGAGAAGGGGCCAAAUGGAGAGCAGCAAGCCUGGGCUGUGGGGCGAGUGAACGGUCAGCCUCGCCGAGAGCUUGUCCUCACCAUACCAAACCCUGUGGGUUACAGAACGGGAAAGCCGAUGGUCAACACACCCGCUCACGAGCUCGGCAAUCCCCUCACGACCGUUGGCACUGCUACCCACCCUCCUGACGUCGACGACGUUACCACGGACCAGUCGCACCCUUCCGACUCGCCCUCGCCAUCUGAGACAGACCAAUCGCCAAACGUGGCUGCAGCCAGUACAGCGCCCUCGUCUACCCCUGCGCAGACACAGCUGCCAAUUCGCGAAGGCACCUCAGAAGCGCGCUUCGAGCAGCAAAAUCAAACACAUGCUUCAGGCCAGCUCGCAGAGGGGACACCAGACGCAGCAGUCAAGGACCACGGCCAUGGCGACAAGACAGUAACGAUGGAGCCCAACACCGUCGGUCAGGCACCAAAGCAGAUCCCACUCCCUGAACGCGAAGAAACGCCCGCGCCAGGUUACCUCGCGCAGGCGCAGAAUGUAGCCGCGCAGGCCACAGGAUACGUCACUUCGACCGUGUCAUCUGUUGCCGGCGCUGUGACGGGCGCUGUGUCAGGCCCUGCGGAUAAUAAGGAGGAUGAGGUCGUUGAGCCCGCUCGCACAAAGAGCCCUGCUGAGCAGCAGCUGGACAGGCAGAUUGACGCGGCUAAGGAUCAGAACGUGGAAGUCUUCUUGCGCGAACAGAAUAAGAGCACGGCAUAG